AUGUUCCGUACAGGUGAGCCAGCUUAUGUGUUUGCUCAGCACGUCUCUGGUCCCCAAAGGGCAGUGGUAUUACAAGACCCUGCAAAGGUGAAAGUGACGGCUUUGGACGAAGCAGCCUUAAGGUUUCUACCUGACUUUAAUGGCAAAUCUGUUGGGCACGAAAGGAAUGAUUGGAAUUGUGGCAGCACUGAAGAUGGAAGCGACCAAGACAGCUUUUCCCGCGGAUCAUCAGCAUCCUAUUCUAAUCCUGGAGUUCAAUACGAAGCAAGUGAGUCGCCCGAUCAAUAUUCAGAGCUGCAAGAGGCUUGGUCAACUCGUGUCCAGACCUCAGAUGAGUCAACUCAAGCAAGCUCAAAGCUGAUCCUGUGCCGCUGGCACAAAUCGGCCGGCACUGUUGGGUCGAUUUCGGCUGAUGGGCAUACUUUCAAGAAGACAGCAAGCGGUCAGAAGGUUGUGAUCAAUGACCGUGGAACCCCCAUGGAACUCAGCUCUAUUUGCAUGGUCUUUGACUCUACCUUGCGGUGUGGAGGACUCCAUACAUAUCAGUAUACCAUCGUGGACGGUGAACUUGGGCCUGCGGAUGGCGCUGGGUUUGUGUUUGAUUCCAAAGUCCGCCGAAACAAUAUCCAGCAAAUGCGGACGGUCUUUCUCAACAAACGCGGGGUGAUUUGCAUCCGUGACCGCCAUAAUGUUCGCAAGUUGACAGCGCAGUUGCCUCCACUGGAACCGGGGCUGUGUUUGUCAUUGACGGUGGACUUGGACAACUCGCAGCUGCAGUUUGUCAUCUCAUCACAUGAAGGCAGGGUUGUAAUAGCACCCCAAAAUACCCAAGGUUUGAAGCUGGGUGGAGUAACCUCAAAGUAUGAUGUACUGUCAAGAACUAAAAGGCGAGAUUAG